ACGUUAGCUACUCCAUAUGGCUGAGAUGAGGAGAUCACUCUUUUCCCACAUGUGGGAGGAGGAAGAAUGCUUAGAGUACUAUGGGAUGGUUUCCCUGCACCGCAUGUUUGAGGUGAUUGGUUCCCAGCUCACAGAGAAUGAUGUGGAUGUGCUCUCUUUCCUUCUGGAUGAGACCCAGCCUUGGACCCACCCACUGGAUCCUGCCCUUUGGGCUGUGGUGGCAGCAGAGGAAGGUGGCGCCGAAGUCACCUCACCCAUGCUAGAGAACUGGAAGAGGAAGAAUCAGUGUGGGUGUAACUCAAGCAAGGCUGAUGGUAAUCUGGAGAUUGCUUCCAACAGACGGCGGCCCAAGAAUGGUGUUGAGCUACUCCAGGAGCUGGAAAGGAGAGGGAAGUGUGAUGAAACCAACUUCACACAGCUGCUGCAGCUCCUGAGGGUGUUGACAAGACACGAUCUGCUGCCAUACGUCACUCUGAAAAGGCAGCGUACAGUUUCUCCUGAGAGGUAUACCUAUGGACCAUCUGUCAUAUCAUCUGACCAACAGGUGGACAACUGUCUCAACUCAGCCUCUGCAGACACUCAGCACGAUCAGUGGGAGACAGGCUCCAACUCUAGCAAAAGGAAGCGAGUAAGCAGAGGCCGGGCAAGGGCUGCUCCUCCCCGUAGGCGGCGGGGAGCCAAAGCAGCUUCUGCUCCAAAGCAGGAAGUCCAAACGCCCACUAAAGUGACCUGUGACAUCAGGCUCCGUGUUCGUGCAGAGUACUGUGAGCAUGAGCCCAUCUUGCGUCAGAACGUGAUUUCGAACAAGCAGAACCGGUUAGAGCGUCAGUUUGAUGUCUUCGGGCAGUCCAACACCAUCCUCAAAUCUCGCGACCUGGGCUCAAUCAUCUGCGAUAUCAAGUUCUCAGAGUUGUCCUACCUAGAUGCCUUUUGGAGCGAUUAUAUGAAUGGCUCACUGCUGGAGGCACUGAAGGGGGUCUUCAUCACAGACUCGCUCAAAGAAGCAGUGGGACAGGAGGCUAUUCGGCUGCUGGUCAAUGUGGACGAGGACGAUUACGAGGAAGGACGCCGUCUCUUGCUGGAAAGCGUGACUCCCCAGGCCUGGUGAUCUCGGGUCUGGGA